CUCUCCGAAGCCUUAAAAAAAGGCGUAGUAGAGGCCGGUUACCGUGGAGAACUUACAGCCAGAUUAUUACUUCUCAACGCCUGGGAUUGUUGUAUCAAAAAAAAGAUCCUAGAUGAGAAUAACAUGAAUAUUAGCAAAAAUUAUUUUCAAUUCGUGACUCUUGAAGAAUUUUUAAAAUCAUUACUCGCGGACAAUAUUUAUGAGAAAAUAAAGAAUCGCCUUGAAGAGACAGUAAAAUUUACAGGAAGAAAGUUCAGUGAAGCUUAUAUUAAGGAUGCUCUGAUUCGCGGUAUUGCAUAUUCAUGUAAACGAAAUCAGCGGGGAGCAGAUAUUAUAAUACCUCUAUAUUUGGGCACUCUUGAUGAAGAGUUAAACGAAGAUCGUAUUUCAUACAUACUAAUACAAGUUAAAAAUCAUUCUACUAAUAAUAGAGGUUAUGAAUAUUUAAAAUCUGCAACUACUUGUCU